AUGGAGACUCCUCCUUCUCAAAGGCGCUGUCCUGGGGGUCAUUUUUUUGAGGCUUCCGCCCCCCACCCUUACUGUCCUGGCUGUCGGUCUUGCUCUCUGGAGCAGCCGUGUGAAAUUUGCCGUGCCUGGCAGCCGACUCCUGCCGGUGGUUCUCCCCGCCCGCGAGGGCGUGCAGGUAAGUCGGGUAGGAGGGGUAGGGGUGGGGCGAGGGCUAAGGCUAGGCCUAAGCCCUCGGAGAAUACCAGCGGAAUUCCGACCUCAGUUGAGUCUUCCCUGGGGUUCGUUUCGGCGGUUUCGACCCGUACCUGGGCCGUUGUGAAACAAUUUGUUUCAUUGGACCCGGACCUUUCUCUCACCCACCCCCCCCCUUCCGUUUUGUCGGUCGACGUGGGUGAGGGUUUGGCCUCUGUCCCGGUCACCACGGUGACUAGGGGACAGGGGGGCGGCCUCCUCUCCCAAUUUGUGGUGGGAGGGCAGGUGGCCCAACAUUUCCUUGGGAAUGUUAAACAGGCCAGCCAUGUUGUGUCCGCGGAUGCUUCGGUUGGUGGCCUCCUGCCGGUCCGCUCCACUCCUGAGGGUGUUGGUGUCGGAGACCGGCCCCCGGCAGUUUUGUUUGCUCCCGGGGUUCCUUGCAUCCCUGAUGUAGCCCCUCGCGUGGUGAAGGCGUCUAGCACGCCGUCCACCACUGUGCAGCAUUUGCUGCCCGGUCCGGUGGUAAGUGAUGCCUCGGCCUCGCUAGCCCCGGCUGGAUUUUACAGUGGUGUGAGCACUGGUGUAAAAACCUAUUCUUCCAGCUCUAUCCCUUGUGCCUCCUCCCCAGGUUUUCCUAUGGUAGGUGCCAGCGCAGCUGCGUUUGGUUUUGCCGGUGCACGCUGCUCCCCUUGUGGGGCUUGUUUUACUGGCCCUACAGGUUUUGGCCCUGCUGUAGGUCAGUCUGGGUGGAGUUGGUCAGGGUGGGAAUGGAGGUCAUUGGGGUCAACAGGCUCCUUUUAUGCUCCUCCCCAACCACCGACCGCCUAUGGGCAGUCUUGGGGUUUCUCCCAGCAGGGGGCUUUUCCAGCCGCUCCCCCUCCACCCCAGGGUGGUAUGGGUUUCCAGCCUGGAUAUGCCCCCCCCGCCUUCUUGCCUGCGGCGAUGGGGCCCCCCCUCCAUCCGCCACCGAGCCGUUCGCGCAAGCGUUCGCGCUCCCGGCCAGCUUCUGCUGCCGGUUCAGUCAGGCAGAGACCGCGUGAUGCUAGGGCGGCUGGUCGUGCUGCGUUGGCUCGAGCUCCUAUUUUGGAAUUUGAGUCUACCAGUAACUUCCGCUGUCCGGUGUCAACUCCUACCUUACAGCAGGUUCCAGGGUCUUGUGGUCCUGCUCCUGCUGUUCCUCAGGGACUAUCGAUUGCCCCGAUAGUUCCCUCGGGUAGGUCACGUUCUCUUUCCCCUCCUCGCACCCCUCCCCGGAGGGCGACGUUGAUGGAGGUGGAUUCGGCGGGUGCCUCUCCUAGUGAUGAGAGGGACGUUCUUCGGGGCUCUCCUGGUUGCUCCAAUUUUACGGAGACUCGGGAUGAGGAUAGAGUCGGCGAGUUUACUGACUCUGAUUUAGAGUCGUUGGAUUCGUCUGGGUUGGACUCAGAAGGCCCUUCUGAUGUGUCCCAAUCCCGGCCCCGAGAUGCUGAUCCGGUGCCUCCAGAGGUUUCGGCUUCAUUUCGCACUUUACGUGCAGAAGUUAUGAAGCUUCUGGGGGACGGGGUUUGCCCACGCCCUUCCACGGAUUCGGCCGUCCCGGAGCGCACUUCGCUCCUUCAGAGCAUGUUGCCUCCCCUAGCAUCUGCCUCCUCGGCCUCNUCGAGCUGCGUAUGA